CGGAUGGCUCCGUAUAGGCGCGUCCGAGAAUCUCCGGUGCGCUUACCUAAGGCCCGGCAGCCGGCAGCGACCAAAGACGCUACUCAACUGGCAUUUUUCAAACCCGAAAGACUUCAGCUCCGCUUCCCUUCGAAUACCUCAAUACUCUCUGCCCGACUUCCCCGAGCGCAUAAUCAGAUACAGCCCUUAUUCCAUCCUCUCCAUCAUCUGAGUCGUUCACUCGUCCCAGAUAUACCGGGCUGGUCUCUAUCCUCCUUCCUUUUGACUCAUUGUCCUUCUGCAACGAAAAAAACCCCCGUUGACCGGCAUCGCGUGACGACAUCUCUAUAAUCAACUCUCCCCUAUCCUUCAAAAUGGCCGACCUCACAUCAUCUCUGUCCAUGCUCACGGACAAUCCCGCGAUGGCGAUCGUGAACGAUCUAUACACCUCGUUCUCCGAGCGCCGGGCCCUGCUCAACCUGCCCAACCCCGGUACCGUGGACAACAUCGCGCGCGAGGUGCAGAAGGAGGUUCUGCUGUCCAACUUCAUGUUCACAGGCCUUCGGGCAGACCUGACCAAGGUCUUUGGCAUGUCUCCUCUGUUCCGUGUGUCCCACGCCUUCUCAAUGGGCUCGUCGGGCAACCUGCCUCCGUACGCUUUCUCUUCCAUGUACGGCAGCCCCAAGGUCUUCAUGCAAGGCAACCUCGGAAGUGACGGUACCCUCUCCGCCGUCUACAACUGGCGCUGGACCCCGGCCCUCGUCACCAAGACCAACGCCCAGAUCAUGCCCGGCGCCACCCAGGGUCUCAUGCAGAUUGACAACGACUACACUGGCAAGGACUUCUCUGCGUCUCUCAAGGCUUUCAACCCGUCUUUCCUCGAGGGCGGCCUUACCGGUAUCUUCGUUGGUAGCUACCUCCAGUCUGUCACCCCCGGCCUGGCUCUUGGUUUCGAGGCUAUCUGGCAGCGUCAGGGUCUGAACACCCGCCCCGAGACUGCUCUGUCCUACUGCGCCAAGUACAAGGGUGAUGACUGGAUUGGUACCGCUCAGCUGCAGGCCCAGGGCACCUUCGCCGCUACCUACUGGCGCAAGCUGUCCGAGCGUGUUGAGGCUGGUGUUGACAUGAACCUCCAGUUCGCUCCCAACGCUGCUGCUCUGAUGAUGGGUGGUCCUAGCCGUGAGGGUACCACUGCCAUUGGUGCCAAGUACGACUUCCGUGCUUCUUCCUUCCGCGCCCAGGUUGACAGCGCCGGCAAGGUCAGCUGUCUUUUGGAGAAGCGCAUUGCCAUGCCCAUCUCUCUCACCUUUGCUGGUGAGAUUGACCAGGCUAAGCAAACCGCCAAGGUCGGCCUCGCCGUCUCCCUCGAGAUUGCCGGUGAGGAGCUCAUAGAGCAGCAGGAGAAGGCCGAUCCUAACAUGGUUCCCCCUCCCUUCUAAGCUUCUUGAACCCUUCUCCCUCUUUCCGUCCGAGUUUCCCUCCUCAAAACCUCUCGAGGUCCAGAUGCAUUCAUCCCUUCCAGCGUCUCUCGAGUUAACCACCCUUUCGACCUCUCUGUUUUAGUAGUUCUUUCCCCCUUUCCCCCCUUUCCCCCCAAUGUCUGGAUUGACAUGGCAUGUCAAUUCCAUCUCCUUCGGUAUAUCUCCACCUGAAUCUGGGUUGCUGGAGUAGGCGGCAUUUGUUUGGCGCCAUGGAGAGUCCCGCAUGACCUGUAUAGAUUCACAUCGCUGUGUUUUUUCUCUCUGCCAAUGGUUUCUUUUCUAUUCCGUCUCUUUUUCCUUCUCCCUCUGAUCUAGUCCUCUCUUCCUUUCUUCUCCCGUCUCCGCCAAUAUCUGAUGCUCGCAUUUCUCCGGCUUUUUGUCUUGGUCCGUGGUCUUGUGUGUCUUGUCUUCUUGCGUGACUGGUUGGGGAUUUGGCUUUACGGCUGCCAUCUAUCCUUUUCAUUUCGAGGCUUUGGUGUUUCUCGUGUGGUCUGUGGGAUUGCAAGAUUUUAUCUGUGAGGAUGGAGGUUGGAGGUGCAUGGGUUGCGUCUGGAGAGAUCUGGUCAUGUUUCGCAUCAUAGACGGACCAGUGUAAAACAAUCUUUGAAUCUUAAUUGCAGCGCUUUGCAUGUUGUAUGGCU